AUGAGACGCUGGGCCUCAAAGAGCGAACACACAGAGUACGAGCAUCAACCCAAUCGAGCUACGGAAGAGUCAUGGAAUCUUCUACGCAAUGAGGUACUCAGUCUGGACUGGAUUCCAUGGCGCGAUGAAGGCGAAUGCUACCAGACACUCAAUUUACACGCGCGACCAAGCCUUCUCUCUGGCGUAGGUGCUGGUAACCGCUACGAAGAAAACGCCGGAGAGACGGAGAUGCUAAGAGACGAACGCGCCAAGUUAAAACAGCACAUCGAGGCAGCACGAAUGAGGAUACCUGCCUUGAAUGCGGCGCUAAGAUCAGGCCGAGAGCGAUCGGGUACCACGAGCGCCAUGAGCGUCGAAGAACUAAAGCAACUGGCUGCCGAGCACAGGAUCGCGAUAGAGAAUUCCCCGACCCGAGAAGCACAACCAGAAGGCUGGGGUAUCGGGAUGGUCCUGGACGGAGUCGAGCAAAAUGCGCCAGACAACAAGGCAUUACGGCAGAAGAUCUUGUCCAUGCGGCACGCCAGUGCCCAGCAGCUGCGCGAUACAGCCAUCGAAUAUGGUUGCCCCAUUCCGGAGGUACCUCCACCGCCCCCAGCUCCACUAGCACCACUGGACUCCAAACUCGAGGUUGCAAAAGCAGUCCAGAACAUGUUUGCCUGCAAGCGCCAACUGUUCCAGGACUGUGGUUGGGGUGAAGAGUUCAGGGGUGAUGAGUUUGAGAGGAGGCGAGAAGAGCUAUUGACCGAGUAUCAUUCCUUCUUCUCAUUGUUGGGUCCCAGAGGCCAGAACAUCCAUGACCUGGAAGAGGGAGCGUGGUUGAGAGACUGGUUCAGGCAGAAGGCUGGCGAGAAGGCUGUUUAG